CUCGUAAGCUUCUGCUAUGAUCUCGUAAGCUUCUGCUAUGAUCUCGUAAGCUUCUGCUAUGAUCUCGAAAGCUUCUGCUAUGAUCUCGUAAGCUUCUGCUAUGAUCUCGUAAGCUUCUGCUAUGAUCUCGUAAGCUUGUGCUAUGAUCUCGUAAGCUUGUGCUAUGAUCUCGUAAGCUUCUGCUAUGAUCUCGUAAGCUUCUGCUAUGAUCUCGUAAGCUUCUGCUAUGAUCUCGAAAGCUUCUGCUAUGAUCUCGAAAGCUUGUGCUAUGAUCUCGUAAGCUUGUGCUAUGAUCUCGUAAGCUUCUGCUAUGAUCUCGUAAGCUUCUGCUAUGAUCUCGAAAGCUUCUGCUAUGAUCUCGAAAGCUUCUGCUAUGAUCUCGAAACUUUCUGUUCGUUUCCGUGCGCAUCUCGUAAAAGUUUCGCAUCUUCUUAG